CGAUAAUAAAAGAAUGAAAAAAAGUGGUAACGACCGUCUCCGUUUGAUGAGAAGUGGACGGAGUGAGUUUUAAGAAAAUUCCCGAUCGACGAUGACGAAGUGGAGUGAAGGUGGUCGGGAGGUUGGGUUGGGUCGGUUCUCUUCGGGGCAGUAAAAGCCGAGUUCUACAUUGUGAAAAAGAACGCGUAGCUGGGAGAGGAGGAGGAAAAAAGGAAAAAAGGAAAAAAGAGGGACGAUCGAAGAGCAACAAAGGAGGGCGGAAGCUCGCGCAAGGUGGAUUGGGUGUGCAGAUGGAGAUGACGGCGAGCAGAACGCGGGGACCUUCGUGGGCUCGGGAAUCGAAAAUCUCGUGAUUUGAUUGGGGCGUUAGAUGAAAUAGAGGCGAAUAGGAAAGAGAGCGGAAGGCGAAGGGCGGCGGGCCGAGACAGCAUGGAGCCGAAGGUGUCGUCGUCGCCCGCUAGCAACCUGGCCGCGAGGAUUAACGCAACAGUUCGCAGCAUCACGCGUCACUACGACGCACAGCCUCGGUCGAGCAACAGGUUCUACGAUCCCCGGGCGAGAGGAGGAAACGAGACCGGCGACGUCCUCGGGGAGCUUGAUAAGGAGGGCUACAGGACGAACCUGACCUCGCGAAUCGAGGAUACCACCGACCUGAGCGUCGACUUCGGGGCCGGUUUCGGGGGGCUUUUAAACGACUCGACGACGCCGGGUCCGCCCGUCUCUUCGCCGUCGGCGUCGACGUCCGGGAACGAGAGCUACGCGUCGAUAUCGGACCUCUUCGUCUUCGACGACAUAAGCGACUACAUUAACCGACUGAAUUACACGGCCUUCUCGAACCUGACGUCUUACUACGAGGGGACCAACCUGAACUUAACCACCGGCGGAAACGGAAGCUGCACUUCGGUCAUUUCCACGGGGACGGGCCGCGUCGAGUGCGACGAAUCUGACGUCGAUAAAUCGAACGUUAACAAUUGGUGGGCCCUGAUUUUGGUCGUUGUUCCCUGCCUCACCCUCUUCGGCAACGUCCUCGUCAUACUGGCCGUUUUUCGCGAACGCGCCCUGCAGACUGUCACCAACUACUUCAUCGUCAGUCUCGCCCUCGCCGACCUCCUCGUCGCCGUCCUGGUCAUGCCGUUUGCGGUCUACGUUCUGGUGAACGGUGCGUGGACGCUACCAGCCUUCGUCUGUGACUGCUAUAUCGCGAUGGAUGUAACCUGCAGCACGAGUUCGAUCUUCAAUCUAGUCGCUAUAUCGGUGGACAGGUACAUAGCCGUAACCAAGCCGAUAAAAUACGCCAAGCACAAGAACAACAGGAGGGUGUGGCUGACGAUAGUCCUGGUAUGGGCGAUAUCGAUAACCAUAGGAAGCCCGAUAGUCCUGGGCCUGAACAACACGCCGGACAGGAUACCGGACCUCUGUCUUUUCUACAACACCGACUUCAUCAUCUACUCGAGUCUGACGAGCUUCUACAUACCCUGCAUCAUCAUGGUCUUUCUCUACUACAACAUAUUCAAGGCGCUUAGAAACAGAGCCAAGAAGGCUCGGGCGGCCAGAAAACCAAAUUUGAGUGACAUCAAGCCGGGGAGUAUAAUAGAGAACAUCGCUCACACGAGAAGGUUCGCCGAGACGGCGUUGGGAGCUGCAGCCCUCGUUGCACCCGGGCUUGAAGAAGCAACGAACACAGCUUCGGGGAGCAACGAGGACGAGGACGAAAAUGAAACGCCCUUGGAGCCCGGGGUUGUUAUAUCGAACGAUAAGAGCACCGAGUUCAUACUGGCCACCGUUGUCGAGGAGGCUGCUUCCCGGUUCAGUAUGAUAGCCCAGACCCAGCUGACCGGGGGGGGACCAAACGGAACCAGGACGACGGAUUCGUCUUACGAGCCUGUAAGCAGCACGAUUCACGAAGGACUCGAGACGAAUUCGAGUCCAAAUUUGAAGGUGGCGUCAGCCUCGUCGUCGUCUUCGUCGCCACCGCCGCCGAGGACGAUGUCCGUGACGCAGGGGAGAAGAAACGGAAGUAACAACAAGCAGGAGCUGAAGAGGUUGAGGAGCACCCCGUCCAUGCUGCACCUUCAACUCGGACGAACUCCGAGCGUUUUGGGGGGCAUGACUGUGAAAAAGGAAAGAAAAAAUGCGUCGGCUGGCUCGAGGUUCACGAUAUACAAGGCGAACAAGGCGAGCAAGAAGAAGCGGGAGAAAAGCUCGGCGAAGAAGGAACGGAAGGCUACGAAAACCCUCGCCAUAGUACUCGGGGUCUUCCUGGUAUGCUGGCUUCCCUUCUUCACGUGCAACGUGAUGGAUGCCAUAUGCGUGAAGCUCGCAAUCGCCUGCGAACCUGGAAUAACAGCGUUCAUCGUCACGUCCUGGCUUGGCUACAUGAACAGUUUCGUCAACCCGGUUAUAUACACGGUAUUCAAUCCCGAGUUUCGAAAAGCGUUCAAAAAACUGAUCAGCGUAUGAGUAGUUCUUACGUUAUAGAAAAAAACAAUUAGCUUUCGACAAUGUUUAAUCAGUGUAAAAAAUUUUCUUCUCACGAUAUUUUGCUCUUUCUUUUCUCUGCCUAUAUAUACGUAUA